AUGGACGAACCUGACAAGCUUGUCGUCCCAGAGGGCCACAACUCUACGCUUGAUCCAGACCAGUCUGAGCCAGGCUAUGGCACAGAGUCCGAGGACGAAUCCAAACCUCACCAUGCCGAGCUAGAAAGCGCCAACGAGCAAGAGGCUAACGAGGCAAUCCUCAACCGCUAUCUCAUCACUCACGCCAACAGCGACGAGAUCCAGAGCCGACACGAUGAGGAGCACAAACGGUCUAAAGCGAUUAUCGACCGAGCCCGUGAUUACCAGCAAGAGCUCUUUGAAAAGGCCAAGGAAGAGAAUAUCAUCGCCGUCCUGGACACUGGCAGUGGCAAGACCCUCAUUGCUGCGUUGCUCAUUAGACAUUACCUACAACAAGAACUCAUCGAUCGAAGCAGGGGCAAACCAGCAAAGAUCGUCUUCUUCCUUGUGAACAGCGUCCACCUUGCGCGACAACAGGCCCGAUUCCUCUCCAACAACCUCCCCCAGAAGAUCAUCCCCCUGUUCGGCGACGUCUCGGACGACCUAUGGGCAAAGGCAGAAUGGGACAAAAUCUUUGCGGAGAACAGUGUUGUCGUGUGUACAGCGGCGGUGCUGGACGCGUGCCUGAUGAAUUCCCACCUGAAAAUCCAUCAAAUCUCACUCAUUGUCUUCGACGAAGCCCACCACUGCAAGAAGAACCACGCAUACUCGAGAAUCAUUCGAGAUUACUAUCUCAGAGGGGAGGGGGAGAAGCCUCGUAUCUUCGGGAUGACGGCGUCCCCUGUCGACUCCCGGCGGGAUAUUCACCGCGUUGCUGAAGACUUGCAAUCACUCUUACAGAGCAAAAUCGUGACCACCAACGACCUGUCUGUCUUCGAUUUCGCACCUCGAGCCAAGGAUGUCAAAUGGUUGUAUCCUCCACUGAGAGCUGAGUUCGAGACUCCCCUCUACUUGCAACUCAAGCCCCUCUGUGGCUUCAUCGAAGACCUUGAACAAUACUUCCGUUUCGCACGCACGGCUUCCCGGCAACUCGGCGCCUGGGCAGCAGACAGAAUCUGGCAAUACGCCCUUCCCACUUCUGAAUACUCAUCAGCCGUCAUUCUCCGGAAAUUCGAACGAAGCAGGGCAUACGAGAGCGGGGUGGCGGCCUUAGAUGCCAUCCGUGAGGCCAUUUCGAUCGUCCAAAACCAUUCAUUUGAGCCUCCACAGGUUGACUCGGACUGUGACUUAUCUUCCAAAGUGAAGAAGCUGUAUAUCGAACUUAAGGACCGCUUUUCGCGUGAAGCCACGACUCGCGGAAUCGUGUUUGUGAGCGAAAGAUUGAAGGCGCUUGUUCUUUGCGACUUGUUCAUGUCACUCCAGAUCCCUAAUCUCCGAGCCGGCGUUCUCAUGGGUCACUCGUCCGUUUUGACGCUGGGAAAUUCGUGGAAAGAUCAAGAGACCGUCAUGGAAAAUUUCCGCACGGGAACCAUCAACCUCAUCUUCGCAACCAGUGUCGCUGAAGAGGGGAUCGACAUACCUCAAUGCAAUGUGGUGGUCAGAUUCGAUCUGUACAAAACACCAAUUCAGUACAUGCAGAGUCGUGGGCGGGCACGGAUGAAGGGCUCUAUAUUCGUUCAUAUGAUCGAAGAAGAUAACCAGUCCCAGGAAGCAGACGUCGAAUUUGCCAUCAAUCAAGAUGACUACAUAAGAGGGUAUUGUCAACAGCUCCCCCCCGAUCGCCUAUUGGGCCAAGGUUCCAAAUUAAGGCAGCUCAUGGCCAAAGACGCGAGUUGCCACAGUUUCCUGACCUCUUCUGGCGUCCUUGCGAACUACUCCAAUUCACUAGUGCUCCUGAGUCGGUAUGCCGACUCCUUGAGGAAGAUUGGGGCGGUCUGCUCAGAAGUUUACGAGGAGAUGAUCAAUGUCGAGGAGAACAUGUUUCGAUACAGAGUCAUACUUCCUGCCACGGACGACGAGCGGACUGCACAGGUCAAAGGUGCCAACGGCGAGGCGCGAACAAACAAGGCACUCGCGAAGCGCUCUGCUGCCUGGCGUUGCCUUUUUAAGUUACGCAAAGCCCAACUGUUGGAUGAAAAUCUCAACAGCAUAUUCUUCAAAGCCAAGCCAAGUAACCACAAUGCCAAAAUCGCCGUUCCCCAACAGAAGGACAAAUAUGAUAAGAAGGUGAAGCCCAAUUUCUGGAUCGAGAGCGGUGCGACAUCGUCCACGCUGCCAACGGAACUUUUUGUCACCCACAUCACAGUUGGGCCAAAAUCCCUGUCCUGGUGCACCGAUGGCUUGCUGCUUCUGACGCGCACACCGCUUCCAGACAUACCCAAAUUUCCCGUCUUUGUAGAUGAAAAUGUUGAGAAACAGGUCCAUUUCAACCGAUUCAUAGACCCAGUGGCGGUAACACCGGAACAGAUAGAGGCACUCACAGCAUUUACUCUUUGUGGCGUGUUCCACGACGUUUUCAACAAAGUCUACACCCAGAAGUCGACAUCUAUGAGCUACUGGCUAGCACCUCCAGCCAAGGGGGAGUUAAAGGAAGCUUUUGAUUCAAUUGUCGACGUGGGUGAGCUUUCGGUCGCGCAACUCAAAGAACGCCACUGCUGGAAGCCAUCUGCAAGUGUGGCAGAGGCAGAGGAAAACGGAGAGAAAUGGUGCAAUGCAUUUCUCGUUGAUCCAAGAAGUGGAAGAUCCCGCUAUCUUACGGGUGAUAUCUUGCCAGGAAAAUCUAUCUGGGACCCGAUUCCUGAAAGUGCAAAAUCAAUUCAGAAGAAAUCGAGCAACUCUAUCAUCGAAUUCUCCGACAGUUCAUGGGGAGCAAGGAAAAAAGACGCCAAAAUGUACGAUUCAAAUCAACCCGUGUUGAAUGCUAAGGUUGUUAUUGCAGGUCGCAAUUUCCUAACGCCAUACCCGGUAGGCCGACCGCGAUAUGCCACGUGCCACAUUGGCCCCCAAUUCUUGGAGCUUGGUCGAAUCUCGUGUUCGGUGGCCCAAACUUGUCUACUGUGGCCUUCCAUCCUGCGUCGAUUAGAGGACUAUCUGAUCGUGCGGGAAGCUUUCGAAAAGCUUGACCUUCUCGAAGUGCCUCUGGAUCUUGCCCUGGAAGCCUACACGCAAGAGGAUCAUACAAAGGCCUAUGGCACUGAAAUACGGCCAUUGCCUCUGGAUGGGGAUGAUGUUGGAGAACAGUGUAGUAGGAAGGAAUCAAGGGCGCCUAUGAAUUAUGAGCGAUUGGAAUUUAUCGGUGAUGCCCUACUCAAGCUGAUGACCACCAUCACAGUGUUUAACCGCACAACGUGCGACGAAGAGGGAAUGCAUUGCAAGCGUAUGGACUUGCUCUCCAACAGCCGGCUGUGUACCACUGCAUCUGCUCCGCAGUACGAGCUUUUUCGCUACAUCCGCUCUACAGAUGAGCAUUGGCGUGACACAUGGUACCCGGAAUUUCUGGAGCUCAAGAAAGGUCGGAACAUCAAACUGGCAGGCAAACACCGCAAGCAUGCGCUUAGCCAGAAGACUUUAGCUGACGUGUGUGAGGCCACUAUUGGAGCAUGUAUCAUGACUACUUGUUGCUUGCCCACUGCGGAAAAGUUCGAUCUCGGGAUCAAGGCCAUCUCCAAGUUUGUGGAACAUCCGGACCAUGCCAUCAACUCGUGGAAAGAGAUUCUGCCAAUGUACAAGCCGGCGCCAUGGGUGGCCGACUUGAACGAUCCAAUUGCAAACGAUAUUGCUGAUAAGCUCUUCCAAGCCACCGGCUAUCGAUUCAAGCAUCCUCGCCUCGCACGCUCAGCGUUUACUCAUUCCUCUGACCAGCACUCGCCAGUUCAAAAUCUUCAACGACUUGAGUUCUUGGGUGAUGCUUGCCUAGAUUGGGUUUGCAUAUGGUGGUUGUUCUCAACCAACCCGACUCGCGGUCCUCAGUGGUUAACCGAGCACAAAAUGGCCAUGGUGUCGAACAAAUUUCUCGCCGCAUUGGCAGUGAUCCUAGGAUUCAAUAAGCUCCUCUAUGCUCAUAGUCCGGCCGUUUAUGAUGAUGUAGGCCGCUACGCAUCCAAAGUUCAAGAGGCCUGGCAACAAAAGGACGUGAAACCCGAUUUCUGGACUCGAGAUAUAUCCGGAGGCAACGUACCAAAGGUCCUGGCAGACCUCGUUGAGAGUUAUGCAGCCGCUGUGCUUAUCGACUCCGGCUUCGACUAUCGGGAGAUUGAGCAUUUCUUUGAGAGACACGUAAAACGCUUCUUCGAAGAUAUUGAGGCAUACGACACUUUUGCAAAUCGCCACCCAACCACCUACCUUUACCAUCUGCUUCAACAAGAAUUUCAAUGUCGGAAGAUUUCCCUCACAGUCCAAGAACGCAGCAUCCAGCCGACCACAACCACCUCUAGAGACACUGAUCAAAGUGAGGAUGAAGGCGACGAAGCGGUCUCUGGAGUGAUAGUGGAUGCGGCCUGGAUUGUGCAUGGGCAGGUCGUGGCAGUGAACCAUGGACGGGGAGCGAAGUUCGCCAAAGUCCGAGCAAGUCAUAGCGCGCUGAAGAAAUUAAGGACAUUGACUCCCAACGAGUUCCGGCGAUGA